AUGGUGCGGGCCAGGCGGCGGCGCGCGGGGCCUUCUGGGUGGCUGCGGCGUCCGUGCGAUCCGCCCCCUCCCCCCUCCCGCCCCUCCGCCGGCAACCAUGGCAACCGGUCUCCGCGGCAACAGCGGCCCUACCAGGCCCGCGGCCUCGGCGGCGGCGGCAGCACCCGGCGGCUCCGGAAGGAAGGUAUGUUGCCAAGGACUGGAAGGAGACUGAUGUUCAUGACAGGCAGCUGCACAGCACAGAGCUCUCUGCUCUACAGGCUGUUCACAAGAAAACACUCUGGAGCACCAAGAACCACUCCGGUUUGCAGCUUGACUGAUAAGGUUAAUCUGGAACAUGUAGACUCUGCUAAAGGGGCCCACCAAGCGCGGAUCUCAGCCAGGGCGCCCGAGGAGACCGCGUGCUCCCGUUCCAACGACACCCGCAUGCGCAUGAGGAGCCAGAGCUCGGCUAGUGGUGUGCGACUGUGCCAGGGAGUGACGAGCGGGUCGGUAACGGUGAGUAUUUGCCGCCCGCCCGGGUGGGUGGGAGAGCGGGCGGUUGCGGGCGCCCGGGUUGUCGGUGAGGCCGUGCGGGUGGGGGAGGGGUGUCCGCCAUGUUGUGAGGGAAGGGUCCGAGCGUGA